UUUUAUGAAGAACUACAAGAACCCGUGUUAUAGAGUUAACGAUAAAGUGCAGUGUUUGCCUUAUUUCUAUUUGAUUGGUGUCCCAAAAGCUGGUACCUCUGAUCUCUUCGCUAGAAUAUGCCACCACCAAGAUGUGAUGCCACCUCUUAAAAAGGAAACACAGUUUUGGCCAAGGACGAGAUUUAAAGGUACAUCGUAUGAUUUGUAUCUUCAAUAUUUCCAUGAAGCAUCACAGAAAAUCGACAGUUUAACAAAUAUAACUGAAAACGGAAUGAUUUAUCAUUAUGCAAUAACAGGUACCGCGACGCCAUCUGAUUUUUGGGAUAAUGACCUUUGGCAUUACGAUAUGUAUAAUACGCAUCUCGACGAACCAGCUAUCAUAACGCCUCACCAUCUUUACCAUAUCAACCCAAAAUCCAAGUUUAUUAUUAUCUUCAGAAAUCCAGCCGAAAGGUUGUAUUCUGAUUACUGCUACAGACGACAUACACGACCUACAGCAACAUCACAGCGUUUUCAUGGAAACGUUACCAGAGCUAUAAAAAUGUACACUGACUGCUUUUCUAAGUAUUCAAUUAGGAAAUGUGUGUAUGACCGGAAUCUAGCAAGAGAUGCCGUGGUAUGGAUACGACUAGGAUUAUAUAAUAUUUAUAUGAUGCAUUGGUUAAAAGUGUUUCCAAGGCAACAAUUUCUGCUAUUAGACUACGAUGAAUACAGAAAAGACAGAAAAAGAUCAUUAGGUCGUGUUUACAAAUUUCUUGAACUUAGAACACCAAAUCGAAAACAAUGGGAACAAAUUCUUCAGGGUGUCGCUAAAAAUACAAAUUUUCGUAGAAAAAAGAAAGCUGGACCCAUGCUUGAAGAAACAAGGCAGUUAUUAAAUAAUUUUUAUAGAAAUUCCAGCACAGAGAUAGCCAAAUAUUUUGGUGAAGACAGACCCAAGUGGAGUAAAAUUUGA